GGGAUGGAUCGACAGGUAUAUAAGAGGGAAUCGCAAUACUACCUGGAAAUUACUAUCGGUUCAACUGGUGAUUAGAGGUGAGCUUAAUUGAAACCCUAACGCGCUUAACGGGCACUUAGCGACCGGUCAGGAUGAAGCUGGUUUUGGCAUUUUUAGUGCUGAUCAACGCUCUCUACCUUGUGAGCAGUCAGAACGACGGUCGAUACAGAGCCCCCACGACGACCACUAGAAGACCGACGUACAGAACAUAUCGUCCAUUCGAUUACAAUAGAUUCCGUAGCACAAACGAUGGUCGAUACACUGGUGGAAACGAUGGCCGCUAUCGUGGACGGAAUGACGGCCGCUAUUAUGGUGGGAAUGACGGACGAUACGUUCACGUAGACAAUAGGUAUCAACAUACGGGCGAUGGCGACCGUGGCAAGUACAGCCACAUAGCUGGACCUUCCGGUUCGGGUGCAGGAAAUCGUGGCGGGUUCGGAAGUGGAGCCAAUUCCAACGGAGGUGACGGUCGGGAUGGUGCUGGUGAUUCUCCGGCAGAACCUGCCGCUCCUGCUGCUGCUCCAGCUCCGGCUUCGGCUCCAGUUUUCGUACCUACCACCGCUGCGCCUGCACCGGUUAGACGCCCCGCGGUUCAGGUGGCGUCCAGUCCAUCUGGCGACGGGUGGAAGAUCAUCCACCUGGAUAAUCGCAUGCGUCCCGAUGGAUACAAUUAUCUCUUCGAAACAGAAAACGGUAUCAACGCGGAAGAAUCGGGACGAAUCGAAACCAUGGCUGAUGGUGCAGAAGGACUAAGAUCAACCGGAUUCUACCAGUACGUCGGUGACGACGGACAACUAUACCGCGUGGACUACGUUGCCGACGGCAAUGGUUUCGUUCCACAAGGCGACCAUAUUCCCAAGACUCCACCGGCAAUCGAAAAGCUACUCCAGUAUCUGGCUAGUCAACCGAAGCAGCGAUAACUUUAAGUCGUAGCUUUCGAUCAGCGCUGUUGAGCUUUGUGAUGCAUUAUAACAGCUUACAAACUACACGAAAAA